UACAUACCCACUACCCUUUCCUUUCCUUUUCCCCCUCUCAUACAUUACUUUUCUUGGUUGCUUGUCUCCCUCUAGCUCCCUCCUUCAGUAUGAUCUCUUCUUCAAUACUUAUCUGUACCCAACACUUGGUUUUAUUCAUAUAAUAAUCUUGUUUCUAGCUUGAUCAAUUCACUAUAUAUGUGUUCUUGGUAAGUUUUUCUCUUCCUAGCUACCUAGCUACCAAGCUCUAUAUAACCCAUUCCUCUCCUUGAAGCUCAAACCUUGGGAUCCAUAUAUAUACAUAUCCUUUUUUAGCAUGUAGAAGUGUUUGUUUGCAUGGGUGUUGGAGAUCUCAUUCCCUAAUAGCUUCUUUUAUCAUCACCAUCAUCAAUCUAUUGCACCUACCAAGUCUUUCUUUAUUGUGGGUCUCUCUCUCUCUCUCUCUAUACAUAUCUUUAUUCCAUAUAUUUCUCCUUAGCACUACCCUUUGCUUCCUCACACCAAGAAAGGCUCCCCUUGUUGAUCUCAUUAAAACCAUCUGGUUUGGGGAUUUUGUGUGUGUGUGUGGAAUUUUAGGAGAUAUUUCCAUUUUGGAACUAAAAGGCUAUGAUGGGUCACGGUUGAUAUGUAGUUGUGAGGCUCUCUUUGGACCUGUUUUUAAGAAUUUUUUCCUCACUCCUCUCUGAGUUCUCAAGAAGGCAUGGAUUUCAACAUGUCGUCGGGGGGCGUGGCGGCGAGCCCGAACUCGGACAGCUCGGGAGCGUCGGCGGCGGUGCGGCCGAGCCGAUACGAGUCGCAGAAGCGGCGGGACUGGAACACGUUCGGGCAGUACCUGCGGAACCACCGGCCGCCGCUGGCGCUGUCGCGGUGCAGCGGGGCGCACGUGCUGGAGUUCCUCCGGUACCUGGACCAGUUCGGCAAGACCAAGGUGCACGCCGCGCCCUGCCCCUUCUACGGCCACCCCUGCCCGCCGGCCCCCUGCCCCUGCCCCCUCCGCCAGGCCUGGGGCAGCCUCGACGCCCUCGUCGGCCGCCUCCGCGCCGCCUUCGAGGAGAACGGCGGCCACCCCGACGCCAACCCCUUCGGCGCCCGCGCCGUCCGCCUCUACCUCCGCGAGGUCCGCGAUUGCCAAGCCAAGGCCCGUGGGAUCGCCUACGUGAAGAAGAAGCGGAAGCGGCCCAACAACAACAGCAGCAGUAGCAGCAGCAGCAACCGGGGGCCGUCGCCCCCGCAGCUCGCCGACGGCACACCGCAGUCGGCGGCCCCCCCUCACGGGGAGCCGGAGGGGGCAAUGCAUUACUUUCAUGGCCAUGUUAUGAUGCCACUCGACGACGGUCUCCCCGUCGAUGGUCGUGAUCAGGAGGCGGCGAUGGAGUCGCAUGCAGCGGCAGCCGCAGCCGGGGGUUUGAUACCACUAUCGGUGUUUAACUAGGCCUAGAGUUUCCUAUAUAUGUGUGUGUUUGAAUGAUUUUUAGGGGUAAAUUAUUGAGCUCUAAUUAGUGUAGGGUUAAUAUUUACAUAUAUAUUAUAUAUAUAUAAUGGACUCAUUUUGUUUCAGCUAGUCCUAUUGAAUGAAUGAGUUGUUGUGAAUGCUAAUAUAGACUUGGAUGCUGAAUAGUCAUCUAUUUUGUUGGUGAUCAUGAUGAUUCAAGCCA